CAUAAUAACACAAAAGAAAAAGUUAAAAGAAGAAGAAGUGAUGGGGAUGAUGAAGGUAACGUUGAUGGUUGUGAUGAUGAUGGUGUUGGUCGGAACCAUAAUAGGUGAGGUCAAGGCUGAGGAGUACUCACAUGAGGAUUGUGUGAAACGGUGUGUGCACAGGUGCUUUGAUAAUCCUGAUAAGAAUUGCGUUCGCCAAUGCAUCUUUUUUAACUGCGGUCCUCCUUCUCUUCCUACCAAUGUUUAUCGUUCUAAGAUGAAGGCUCCACAGAAUCACGGAAUCAGAGAAUAGAUUAUUUUAGAUCUUUAGACCAAAAACAUAAAUAGAU